AUGGACACCACUCUUCCAGAUGCAUCGGGUCCAUCUCGAGCAGAUACAAAUACUGCCACCCAAGAGGCUGUUCUAGCUGAUACCAAAUCUCGAGCAAGAGUAAUUGUGAUAGUGGAGGGUUUGGAUAACACUGACAUGCUUCUCCGGACAGAGGCCCCCAAGUUUGAUCUCGAUACUUACAUCUCAAACUAUACUGGACGCACCCGAUUCGACCGUCUUUACCUCAUCGGCACAUGCUCCCCGCUGCUUUCAACCGAUGCCCUCAAGGCAGCUAUCGCCGAAGCUAGAGCCGGUCGGGAUGUUUCGAGAUAUGAGAGGGCAGUUCGCGCGUUGGCAGAUGUGGCUCCGGGUGACCCUGAGGCUUCGCUUGAUUCCGUAUGGGUCCAGGAAACGCAGCGAUACGUGUCAAGUCAGACAGAGCGGUUGGAAGAUGAACUCCGAGGGUACAAAAACAAUUUGAUUAAAGAAAGCAUCCGGAUGGCCCAUGAGGAUUUGGGCAACCUCCAUUACGAGACCGGAGAUCUGGCUGCUGCCUCCAAAGCUUACUCGCGCAUGAGAGACUACUGCACCACUCCAAACCAUAUCACUUCCAUGCUCUUCAAGAUGGUUAAUGUCUCUAUUGAACGUGAUGACUGGAUAUCCGUGCUGGCCAACGUGCACCGACUACGCAACUCUCAGUCAAAGCCGGAUGAUGCAGCCAAAAACCAAGCGAAAAUCACCGCCGCUUCCGCCUUGUCACAGAUGCACCAAGGCUUAUACCUUGAAGCAGCAAACUCUUUCCUGUCCAUCCCGCCGGAACUGGGAGACAACUACAAUGAAAUCAUCACCGCUAACGAUGUUGCCGUUUACGGUGGUCUAUGUGCUCUCGCAUCUAUGACUCGCGACGAGCUACAGAAGAAUGUGCUUGAAAACCAGACAUUCCGCACUUUCCUUGAACUUGAGCCUCACAUCCGUCGCGCCAUCGCCUUCUUUUGCAACUUCAAGUUCCGCCACUGCCUUGAGAUUCUGGACGCCUAUCGCCCUGAUUACCUGCUUGACGUUUAUCUUCAGCGUCAUAUCCCCACUUUAUACAGAGUCAUCCGCACCAAAUCUAUCCAGCAGUACAUGAUUCCCUUCAGCCGUGUUACCCUCGAUUCCAUGGCAAAGAUCUUUGCCCCUGAAGUCGUUGGUGGCGAAGCACGUCCCACGGACAUUUCAUCGCCUUUUAUCCAGGAACUGGCCAGUCUGAUUGAAGGUGGUGUACUGAACGCGCGUAUCGAUCUCGAGAAAGGAUUGCUGGUGUCGAACCAAAUCGAUCUGCGAGCUGAACUUCAGCGCAGCGCGCUGGAGAGCUUGCGCGAAUUCAACCAGGAAGUCCACUGGCGGACUCUUGCUGUCGGUUUCACUCAAGCAGGAUUCGAGGUGGGGGAUACUAAAGGGGAAGUUCCAAUGAGAUCGCUGCGUCGGGGCUCAAGAUAG